CUUCGCUAUCUCGCAUCAUCUGUCUUGACAUGAGUCCGAUGGUGUCCAAGUCUCUACGCGUGCAAUUGCGCCAGUAAAGAAACAAGUGUCUCGUGAGCUGAUCUGGAAGUGUCGCUAUGGAGUCAGAGAAUGGCAGGAGGCGGUCUGAGGAGGAAGACGAGUUUGGGUCCUCUGCUAAUGAAAAUAUCCCAGCAGCAGAUGCGACGAAGACAGAUUCAGAAGAAGGCAAGCCGAAAGCGCCUUCGCUAGGGAAGAAAAUUUGGAAUGCCUUGGAACUUGAUAUCUUUACGAUUUUGCUACUCAUGAAGGGUGGUCUUUCCCCUGCUAUUGCGCUAUGCUUGCUACAGGUGGAUGUGAUCGCCUUUCAUUUUGGAUCCAUCGGCUAUCUGGUCCCCAUUGUUUCGAUUCUUGGAAUGGCUAUCUUACCUCGAGCAAAAUUUCUUCAGGGUAUGCUUACGAACGUGGUGAUCAUUUGCAUUGCUUCUGCGAUGGCACUGCUCGUUGGCUACUGUGCAACUGAGGCACGCGCACAUACCUCCAAAAUCACCCCUCAAACCGCUCGGGAAUACAAUUCUUCCGCAUCCGCAGUGUCUGCAAUCUGGCUCAUCUUCCAAGUCUAUGUUUUAAAUGCGGCGCGAUCGAAAUGGCCUCAGCUGCAGCUUCCUGUCAUUCUUUAUUCCAUCUUUAGCGUAGUCACAUGCACGACUAUACCUACACUACCAACCAUGACCUAUGUCAUUGAGUUUGUCGAGAAUUUGCUUGAAGCUUUUCUGACAGGCCUUGCCAUUGCAACCGCAGUUUCAUUGCUUGUGCUGCCAGUUACUGUUCGGACAGUUAUCUUUAAGCAAAUAACCGGAUACUUAAGUCUUUUGCAAAUGUGUCUAAAGAGCCACCAGGCAUAUCUAGCACAUCUAGAAGAUCCAGAAAACAUAGAAAAAGCUAUGGUUGUGGAGCGGAACGCAGAUUACAAAAUUUCGCCUCCCCUGGCCGCAGUGCGUGGCAGUGUAGAAGCCAUCGUAGGGCUGCAUGGAAAGAUUCAGGGAGAUCUGCCAUUUGCCAAGCGAGAAAUAGCGAUUGGGAAGUUAGGGCCAGAGGCUUUGGGCUCCAUCGCGAAACAUCUUCGGUCAGUCAUGCUUCCAACUGUGGGAAUGUCUGCGAUGAACGAUCUACUGGAGCGACUGGCCCAGAGUCAUGGCUGGAGUCAGAAACACCUUGAUGAGGGCCUCGGUGAAGACGAGAUGAAGACCAGAGCCGCUGCAGUCAAAGACUGGGCGGAUAACCUCAAGGCCAUGCAUGCUUCAUUCAAUUCCAUCAUUACUGCUGCCUGCCAGGGCCUUGAACAUGUUGCUAUUCAGCUAGAGCUGAAAAAGCCUCCAAGAGAAUCACUUUCAGCUGACGAUGACGAAGCUAAAGUUGGAAUAGUAGGACCUGGUGACGCGGAAUUUGCAGCCCACUUGGAAGCCAAGAUUCAAGAAUUUUCAUCCGGGAAAAGAGAAAUGCUACAAGACUGGGGCGAAAGACAUGGAAUCAAGCUUUCGGCCGAUUUCUUUGAGACCAGAAGGACGGUCGACUUUCCGUUUCAUGAACAGUCUGGAAAUACCGAUGAAAAUGUGCACGAGCGAAACCAGCGACAAGUCUACUUAUUACUUUAUAUGGAGUUCCUUCUUUGGUCUUCUGCUAAAGCUGUCUUGGCUCUGGUAAAGUAUUCCGAUGAAUUGAUUGCUAAUGGCACGAUGUCGAAGUCGAAAUUGAUUCUUCCUGGCUGGAAACGAUUAAGAAAAUGGCUCCGAACGUUUUUGAACACGGAAGAAGGCCCUACCGAAGAGACCAGAGGUGACUUGGGAGAUAUCAAUCAAACGGCUAUCCUUGUCGACCUUGGUAGUGCUUUUAGCAAAAGAAAAGACCCUGAGCAUCUACCGCCGAGGAAUGCCGUAGAGAGGCUCGGAAAUGCGAUCAGAGUCGUUCCAAGAUUUUUCAGAUCAAAUCAUUCUAGUUUUGGAUUUCGAGUUGCAAUCGCAACAAUGUCCCUUGCAGUCGCUGCGUUUCUUAAGGAUACGCACUCGUGGUUCCAAGCCCAUCGCGUUCUGUGGGCUAUUAUCAUGAUUGCUAUCAGCAUGACGCCAUCCGCUGGACAGAGUAUAUCCAGCUUUGUGCUCCGCAUAAUAGGCACGGUUAUAGCGAUGAUUGUUUCUUUUCUCUGUUACUAUAUUCCAGACAAACACAGAGCAGGAGUAAUCGUUUUCGUUUGGCUCGUUACGAGUGUCGGGCUUUGGGUUCCAAUCAAACGCCCACAAAUGGCCAUUGUUGGUCUGAUUAGCAUCGUCACAAACAUACUUGUGCUUGCGUAUACGCUGGAAGUGGAGAAGCUUGGCAAGGAAGUCGUCGCAGCAAAUGGGCAGGAAUACCUUCCUAUAUAUGAGCUAGCUCCGUAUAGGUUGGCAACUGUUUGUGCGGGCCUUUUUGUUGCUUUCAUAUUCACGAUUCUACCGUACCCAAUAACUGAACACUCGCUCCUCCGCCGAACAGUUGGGGCUUCUUUGUACUUGCUUGCAAACUACUACUCUAUCGUACACGAGUCUAUACAGGCACGUAUUAAGGAUGCGGAAGGUGAUCCAAAUGAUAAGAAGAGUCUUGGUGCCCAAUUGACGAAGCUUCGAGUCAAAGUCUUCACAAAGCAAAUGCUCGUGCUCACAAAUUUGCGAACCUUCGCAGCCUUCCAGAAAUACGAGAUACCCAUUGGUGGACGGUUUCCAAGGCAGCAAUAUGAUACGCUCGUGAAGUCCGUAGAUAGCAUGACUCGCUACAUGUCCCUUCUGUCAUACUCUUCUCAAUCGUUACAAGUGGGAGUUGAAGCCGAUCACCAUCUCAGCCAGUGGUCAAGAGAUCUAAAAGCACUUCUAGGCAGCGUCAGUCAUACGUCUCAUGAAGUAACGUCUCUUCUUUCAUUAUUAUCUGCAAGCGUCACAAACGGCCAACCAUUGCCACCGUAUCUAACCGCACCGCGACCAUACGGCCUUGCACGUCGACUUGAAACUAUCGAUGCGGAUAUCCUGUCUUUUAGACAUAUUGAUGAGCCGGAGUAUGCCGUCUUUGCUGUUUUCCAGGUUGCAAGUCGGUGUAUCAUAUUCGAGCUUGAGACUCUGCUUCAAACUGUUAAGGACUUGGUUGGCGAGCUCGACUUCUCAUUCCAUGUGAUUAAUACAGGAAACUCUAGUGGAACAGCUUUGUCGGGCCUGAGUCAGGAUAACAGUGCACACGAACAACGAGACGCGGUUAAGAGGAAGGAAGACUAAACGGCGUUGUACGACUUCAAAUUUUGAUAUUCAGACACGGGAAUAUUGGAUAAUCCUUAACCAACAUACUUCUCUACAUUUGCCUUAUUCUCAUUAACGUCGAAUCAUCAGCGGAAGAAAGAUAUUUCUGAGGUCUUAGCAAAUAUGUCCUUAUACUUCCUUUCAGAACUCAAGUUUGAGUGUGUCACGCUGUCAAAACAACCUUCUACUGCAAUUGUUUCGAAGCCAAAAUGAGAGGAACAUGCGGUAAUCUAUGAAUUGGAUACUAAACUCCGCUUCGAACCUGGCUAAAGUACAUUCAGCAAAGAGCGUGCUAUGGUUAAUAAAUACCCGUCCGUACCCAAUUUUGAAUCUCCUCUGCAUGC